GCCUGUCCCUUCCCAUCCCUAUUAUUUUUUUAACCAACCCAGUCGCAGACGCCGCUUUCAGGACUCGCUGGUUUGUUUGCGACGGAGGCGUCGGUUGGCUGGAUCGAUGGGCUGCUCCACAAUGGAUGGAGGAGAAGGUAGUGCCGACCUCGUGAUUAACAAAAGGUUUGUGUCUGAAGCGGAGAUAGAAGAGCGGCGCAAGCGAAGGCAGGAAGAAUGGGAGAAGGUUCGGAAACCCGAAGACCCGGAAGAAUGCCCCGAGGAGGUGUACGACCCCCGCUCGCUCUACGAAAGGCUCCAGGAGCAGAAGGACAAGAAGCAGCAGGAGUUUGAAGAGCAGUUCAAGUUCAAAAACAUGGUCAGAGGUCUAGACGAAGAGGAGACCAAGUUCCUCGAUGAGGUUUCUCGGCAGCAAGCGCUAAUAGAGAAGCAGCGGCGAGAAGAGGAUCUCAAGGAGCUGAAUGAGUACAGAAGCACUUUGUCAAAGGUGGGGGUCAGUGCCGACCUGAAGAAGGAGACAGACAAGAAACUGCCAGCGAAAUCAGCAGAAAACAAAAGCAAGUUCUCACAGGCAAAGCUGUUGGCUGGAGCUGUGAAACAUCGGAGUUCAGAAGGUGCCAACAGCGUGAAAAGACUGAAACUCGAUCCGGAUCCUGACCAUGACAAGACUCCAGAAAAGCCGCCCUGUGUUCCUCUGAGCAGCGGCUCCGUGAGCGGCUCUGCCCUCCACUGUCCCUCAGCUGCCGUCUGCAUUGGGAUCCUGCCGGGCCUCGGGGCCUACUCUGGGAGCAGCGACUCAGAGUCCAGCUCGGACAGCGAAGGGACCAUCAACUCCACCGGGAAGAUCGUCUCCUCCGUGUUUCGGGGAAGCAACUUCUUUGAUGCUCCGCUGUAGGCGUCUCCCCAGCCCCUUAGAAGCAUGGGUAGGGAUGCUCGUCAUUUCUCUGUUUCCAUCCCAACCAUCCCCUAGACUCGCAACUUCUGUUCUCCUGUCUCUUAUUUUCCAGAGAAUACCAAAAUAAUGUACUGAAUCAGUCUUUGUGCGUGUCUCUCUUCAUAUCCCCUGUCCUUCUCUCCGCUCUUAAGACUUGUGUUCAGUUUGGGAAGGGAGUACAGAUUGGGGGAGACACACAUCUUCAAAAUCCAGAAAAUCCAGAAAAGCAUCCAUUGUACCAACAGCAACAAAAGACUUGAGGCUUCUGAGGUUUACAGAUGAGGACAGGAAAUUCCUUGUAUUUUUAAAAAGAUUCCAUGAAUGAAUAGAUUGUUUCCAAGUUGGUUAUACAAAGAAGCGUUUUUAGGGUGUAGCUGUCUGGCAGGUGCUGACAUAUCAGUUGGCUGUCUCUCUCUCUCUCUAGUUUUUAAGUACUGGUUUUGUUGUGGGGAGAGUGCAAAAUCGAGCAGAUGGUAAUGUGGAUUGUCAUGACACUGUAACGACGUUUUAGUGUUGCAUCUGAUUAAAGAACUCCUCAAUGCAUUAUUAUUUUUACCUUGGA